CGUCACGUAGUAGGACCCGCUCCAAUAUUUAUACAAAACUCCGUCAUCUCUCUCCCACUCACACAGGACACUGAGAAAUAAGAGAUGCCUGGAAUUAAAGGACCCUCCGAUUAUUCGCGAGAACCCCGUCGCCAUCCUUCCCUCAAAAUUAAUGCCAAGGAACCCUUUAAUGCUGAGCCAACGCGUUCUGAUCUGAUUUCAUCUUAUGUCACUCCUGUUGAUUUCUUUUACAAGAGGAACCAUGGACCCAUACCGGUUGUGGAUGACAUUGAGAGGUAUUCCAUUUCUCUACGUGGUCUUGUUGAAAAUUCCAAGGAGCUGUUUAUGAAGGAUAUUUGGAAGCUUCCAAAAUAUACGGUUACUGCCACUUUACAGUGUGCUGGUAACAGAAGAACUGCUAUGAGCAAGAGUCGGACAGUGAGAGGAGUUGGUUGGGAUAUUUCUGCUAUAGGAAACGAAAACUUGAGAAAUAGAUUAGAUCGGAUGGAGAAGUCGCAAAUAGCUGUUUGGGGUGGGGCGAAACUGGCAGAUGUUCUAAAAUUAGUUGGGAUACCUUAUUUGACAAGUAUCACACAAUCUGGAGGAAAGCAUGUUGAAUUUGUGAGCAUUGACAAGUGUAAGGAGGAAAAAGGAGGCCCUUAUAAGGCAUCAAUUCCAUUGAAUCAGGCUACAAACCCCGAAGCUGAUGUUCUGCUGGCUUAUGAGAUGAAUGGCGAGCCACUCAAUAGGGAUCAUGGCUAUCCGCUGCGUGUGGUUGUCCCAGGUGUGAUAGGUGCCCGGUCAGUUAAGUGGCUUGAUUCCAUCAAUAUCAUUGCCGAAGAAUGUCAGGGAUUCUUUAUGCAAAAAGACUACAAGAUGUUUCCACCAACAGUGAACUGGGAUAACAUCAACUGGUCUACUAGGAGACCGCAGAUGGACUUCCCUGUUCAGAGUGCAAUAUGUUCCCUGGAGGAUGUGUGUGUUGUAAAGCAUGGAAAGAUAACCAUCAAGGGGUACGCAGUAUCAGGAGGCGGGCGUGGCAUAGAAAGGGUAGACGUGUCUAUUGAUGGUGGUAAAAGUUGGGUGGAAGCCACCAGAUACCAGAGAAUUGGCAUUCCAUAUAUUGCUGAUGAUUCAGGUAGUGACAAAUGGGCGUGGGUCUUUUUUGAAGCUGAGGCAAAUAUCCCCCAGAGUGCGGAAAUAGUUGCUAAAGCGGUGGAUAUAGCUGCAAAUGUCCAACCUGAAAGUAUAGAUUCUAUUUGGAAUCUGAGAGGAAUCCUGAACACCUCAUGGCAUCGGGUUCAAGUCCGAGUUGGACAAGCAAAUCUUUAGGCUGUGUUUCAUGUUUUGAGCGGAUGACAGUAUUCAGCAUCACAGGCCAUGGUUGUCUGUAUCUUCGUAGAUUAAAAUGAAAGUAACCUGUUUUCUUUGUUGUCUCAAAAUACAAUGGAAAUAAUGUAUUCAUAAUAAUAAUAAUCUGGAAGUGGUUGCAGCUUGACAAUCGGCUGUGUUAGCUUCUUUCCCCGUA